UCACUUUCACUUGUGACGCGUUUCAGAGCGAGUACAGAGACACGGCAUCGCAAAUGAUUAUAAGUCAGAUGCUGGUCGGACGUGAUGCAACGUAUCCAACGCCGUGCCUUGUGAAGCGAGCUCUGAAGACGACGUACAGUAUACCCAGCUUCCGUCGACCUGCUGGCUAUGACGGCCAUUUCUAGUACACCUGUGACUGAAUUGUUCAAGAUUGAGCAUCCGAUUAUCUGCGCAUGUAUGGACCACACGUCUGGUCCGGAGCUUGCGGCUGCAGUUACGAACGCAGGCGGUCUAGGGUGCUUAGCAGGGAGUAGCUACACGCCAGAGCAACUUAGGACGGUUAUACGACAGCUCAAGUCUAAGUUAAUGAACCCCAACGCACCAUUCGGCGUAGAUCUGCCUUUCGUACAGAUCGGCGGGAACGCCCGCAAGACGAACUACGACUACAACAAAGGCAGAACCGCAGAAUAUGUCGACCUGAUAAUUGAGGAGGAGCCGACCCUCUUCGUGUUUGCCGCGGGCGUGCCGCCGCAGUGGAUUGUAGACCGAUUGCAUAAGGCGAGGAUCUUCGUAAUGAAUAUAGUCGGACAUCCUAAGUACGUCGCAAAAGCCCUGCAGUCUGGCGUCGAUCUGAUCUGCUCGCAGGGAGGUGAAGGCGGUGGACACACUGGCGACAUCCCCGCAACGGUCCUCAUCCCUGCCUGUGUCGACGUUGUCCGUGGGCACAAAUCCCCACUGACCGGUGGGCCGGUUUAUGUUAUCGGUGCAGGUGCCGUCUACGACGGACGCAGCCUAGCAGCAAAUCUCUCGUGGGGUGCUGAGGCUGUGUGGGUCGGCACGCGCUUCGUCGCGAGCGUGGAAGCGGGCGCGCCCAAAGCGCACAAAGAGGCUGUUCUCAGCGCGGGAUACGAGGACGCGAUAACUACGCUGAUUUAUACCGGCCGGCCGCUCCGCGUGCGGCGCACGCCGUACGUUGAGGACUGGAACAGCAACCGUCAGCAGGAGAUCAAGGAACUCACGAGCAAGGGUAUCCUCCCGCAUGAUCAUGAGCUCGAGAAGCACCCUGAGAAGUCUCUUGAGGGUCGCACGUUCCUUAUCGGACGGGUCUCUGCGCUCAUUGAUGAAGUCCUUCCCGCCAAGACUAUCGUCGAGAACAUGGUCAACGACGCAGCGAGAAUCAUUCAGUCGAAUGCGGCAAAGACAAAGGUGCAGGCUAAGCUGUAG